AUGCCUUUCAUACCAGAGAUCAGCUACGAGCCGGACCUGAAGGUCUGGACUGGCAAGUAUGAGGCGCCCUACUUCUCGCCCGACCUGUCCAUCGGCGAGAUCACAUUCGGCGAGAUGAAACGUCACCCACAGCUGAUUGCCCAGAUCUCGGUUUCGGAGAAUACGACGCUGACCCGCGAGGAGCUCUUCUUGAAUUCCCAGCGCAUCGCCAGCUACAUGCGCAACCUGGAUCUGCAGCAGUCGGAUGUUGUGGGCAUUAUAGCCAGGAAUACGACGCAUAUAUCCGCCGUGGUCUACGCCUGUGUCUUCAAUGGCAUCGCCUUUCACUCGCUCAACGUUAACUAUGUGCAGGGCACCAUUGAGAAGCUCUUCGACAUAACCGAGCCCAAGCUCAUCUUCUGCGAUGGCGAUGAGUACGAGAAGGUCAAGGCUGCCACGGCCAAGUUGAACGUGAAGCUCAUUACCAUGCGCAAUCACAAGCCGGGUUCCAUCAGCAUUCAGGAUUUGUUGGCCACGCCCAUUGAGAAGGACUUUAAGCCUGUUCGCCUAGAGCGAGGCAACGAUCAGACCCUGGCCAUUCUGUGCUCUUCGGGCACCACGGGCGUGCCCAAGGCGGUGACCAAUGUGAGCACCCACAAGUUCUUCACGACCACCAACUAUUUGACCUCCGCGGAUGUACAAUACUGUCACAGUACUUUGGACUGGGUUACGGGCCUAACUACAACCAUAGCCAGUGGAGUGCACAGCACGUUGCGCAUCAUUAAUGCCGAGAUGUUUGACGGUUCGUUCAUGCUGAGCCUUAUCGAGAAGUACAAGAUCACCUGGCUGCUGAUCGCGCCCUCCCACCUGGCCGUGCUGGCCAAUUCUCCCGAAUUUGAGACCACCAAGAUCGACAGUCUGAAGCAUCUGCUAUAUGGCGGCAUGUGCUGUUCUCUGGAGGUGCAGGAGCGCUUCCGCAAGCGUGUCAAUCCCGGCGUAUUGCAAUUCGCCUUUGGCUUCACGGAACUCGGCUCUUCGAAUGGCAGCCUGAACAAGCACUACGACGAGAAGCCCAAUUCGGCGGGUCGCGUGUUGCCGGGCAACAAGCUGAAGAUCGUCAAUGAUCAGGGCGAGGCGCUGGAUCCGAAUGAAGUUGGCGAGGUGUGCUUCCAUUCGUGCCAGUACUGGGACGGAUAUUACAAAAAUCCCGAGGAGACGCGAAUUGUGCGCGACAAGGAGGGCUGGCUCCAUACCGGCGACACUGGCUAUGUGGACAGCGAUGGCUUCCUAUUCAUAUCCGGCCGUAAAAAGGACAUGUUGAAGUUCCAGAACAUCAUGUACUAUCCCAGCGAAAUUGAGGAUGUCAUCACCAACAUGCCGGGCGUCGCCGAGGUCUGUGUCUUUGGUGUCUACAGUGAUACCAAUAUGUACAAUCCGGCCGCCUCGGUUGUGCCCAAGCGCGGUGCUCAAAUAACUGCCGAGGAUGUGAUUAAGUAUGUCAAGGAUAAUGUGGAAGCCUAUUAUCUGCAAUUGCAUGGCGGUUGCCUCAUUGUCACGGACAUCAAGCGCAGUCCCAACGGCAAAACGAAUCGAGAGGCCACCAAGGAGCACUUCCUGCAGCAGCUGAAUAAGAGUACAUAA